AUGGGGGUGAUGUUCACACCUCUGACAGUGAAAUAUGCAUAUUAUGACACCGAACGCAUUGGAGUUGACCUGAUCAUGAAGACCUGUUUUAGCCCCAACCGGGUGAUUGGGCUCUCAAGCGACUUGCAGCAAGAAGGAGGGGCAUCAGCUCACAUCCAGGAUGCCCUAAGCACAGUGUUGCAGUAUGCAGAGGAUGUGCUGUCUGGAAAGGUGUCAGCUGACAAUACUGUGGGCCGCUUCUUGAUGAGUCUGGUUAACCAAGUACCCAAGAUAGUUCCCGAUGACUUUGAGACUAUGCUCAACAGCAACAUCAAUGACCUGCUGAUGGUGACCUACCUGGCCAAUCUCACGCAGUCACAGAUUGCCCUCAAUGAGAAACUUGUAAACCUGUGAAUGGGCCCCACGCAGCACUCCUGCCAGUCUGGGCCACCCUAGGACUCAGAAUGGAGUGAAGUAGAAUGGUUUUCUUGUGGUUUGAGUCACACCGAGUCAGUCAACUGCUUGUGUCUCUAAAUAAAUAUAGCCUACCUUUUGUAAAUGAAAAAAA